UGUGCGAAUAAGUGCUUUCUGUUGCCUGGCAUGAACCAUCCAACAUUCAGCUUAGCGGAACGUCUCCAAGUUCUAGUACUAUGAGGGGGGAAUACCUUCUCUCUAUCUCCUUCCUUCAUACCAUGCUUAAUUUUACAAAUCUCUACCACGUCCCCCACUUACUUGCCACAAUAUCUAGGGAACGUUUCGCAUCAAACUUUGCAGGAGAGAAUAUGGGGAAGAGGGGAAUUAGCUUCAGCACUGGUUCAGAGAAUGUAAGCCAGAGCCUUUGUGGCAGUUAGUCCGCCAACUGUUGCCACAGCUUGGCCACCACUGUCUCCUGGCAACCAGAGUCUUUUCCAGCGUGAGAACGAAUGAAUGGUUGGCUUUGAACUGGUUGCUGGAAGUUAGAGGCUCACAGCGCUGCUUUGUUCUGCCUUGCCUGGCUGAAGGAGAAGCAGAGGCUCGCAGCUGAGCCCUCAUCUCAUCCACGGUUGCAAGAGCCCUUGCACCCAUCACCAUGAACUACCCCCCAGGGUAUAAGGAGAGAUUGGCUAUCAAGUGCUUUCAAGAGCGCGUCGCUAACAAAGAGAAGUUUUCUGAUGCCCUCAACGGCCAGAGAUGGAGAUUUUUGAAAAGUGGCCUGGAUGACUUCAGAAAUGGCUACCCUCCCCCUUCUGAUAACAUCAUCAUCCGAGGCAAAAAGGGGCCCGUACCAGUAAUUCUGGAGUACAAAAAACCAGGCCCUUCACAGCUCGUGCCAUAUACAGACACAGGAAUGAAGACCAGAAGCGACAUUGUGUUCUCCAAGCUCAGUGCUUCUCAGAGAGCCAAAAAGGAAUACAUUGCACAGACUGAGCGCUGCUUGGCCCAACAUCCACUUGCCCUGUAUCCUCAUCUGGAGGACAGUUUGCCCCCAGAGAUGUUUCAGGAUGUGGUGAAGCUCCUAGACCCUGAAAUGCAUCUGGCCAGAGGCUCACCUGACUAUAGCAAAACAGAAGUGGUUCCCCCUACAGUUCAGUAUCGGCUGCAGCAGUACGACAAAAAGUCGGAGUCAGGCUUCAGCCAAGUAACCCCGCCCUGGGCGCCUAAAAGCAAGAACCCUUAUACGUGGUUUAGUAAAAAAGAAGUGAGUGAGAGAGAAAAGGCAGCCCAAAUAGCCUAUAUUCCUCCCUUGGAUGAGAAUGUAAAGCGUGCAACGAAGGAGUUUGUUGAGUGGGUCAGCUCAAUGGGAGUCGAAAAGUAUAACAUUGACGAAGCCACCAUCAUGAAAUUGUUUGACACAAGCUACGAAUCGGAAUCCAAGACGUCAUCGCCCAUGAAAAUUGUGCAGCUUUACAAUGUGCCAGGAGAGCUGAAGGAGUGCCUGGGGCGCCGUCCGGACUGGCAAACCAUCAAGAACUCGAUGAAGACACCUCCUCUGCCAAAAUGGGACAAGAUUAAAUAUGGAGCCUGGUAUCUUCCCCCCAAGAAAUGGAAAAAGAAAAAAGUCAGAGAUGAGGAAGAAAUCCCUGUAUGUCUGCAAUCCUUUUUGGAUUUAAGGAAGAAGAAGAAGGCCCCAAAGGUGGAGGAGGCAAGUGGGUUCCAUGCAAUCUACGCCUUUGAGCAAUUCCUUGACAGGAAAGGCUACAGGAAGCCUCAGUUCCUUCUGCAGAUGUUGGCUGCAAAUAAUUCUGCCAAGCUAUUAGAGGAGGAUGACCCUUCCUCAAGGAAAUUAUCUAUGAAGACCCUUGAAGAAAUGAGAUUGAAUUCCUCCUCAGUCUUCUAAGUAUCCAGCCUGGUCAGCGAGUGCCUGUUUUUCCUUACGAAAAACCAAGGCAAAAAGUUACUUGUAAAGAGAUUGCCAAAGUUCUUUCAGAUUUCACAAUUCCCUUCAUCAGAAACUGCAGAGACAAGCAUAAUUUGUUACACACAUAGAUAAAUUAACUAAGGAAAUGGGUGAGGCCAUAAAAUUCAAAUAAAAAUUGGCCACUAAAAUGUCUACUAUUACAGGGGUAGCAGAGAGAACUAUUCAGACAUUAUACAUUAGGAGAAACUUAGUACAUGUAUUAUGAGUGUAACUGUUGUUUAACAUGAUAAUUUGCAUACUGCAUUUUAAAUACUGGCUGUAUCUAAUAAAAUAAGCUUUGUCUCUGAGCUUGA